AUGUCUCCGCCCGAACCGCUACAUCAAGUAGUGGUAGCGGACAAUGAUAAGCUCCAGGCGCAUGCCGAAAGCGCAAGAUCGACAUCCAACGACGAAGCCAAAGGGCCUGAGCUGGACGUCCAGAAGAAAAAAUGGUAUCGCAAUCUGAACCCGAUUCGGUUACAGAAGACACCACCGGUGCCAGAAGAGCGAUCGGUGUCUCGCGAGCACGGCGCCUCAUUUUUCAGCAUUGUCACUUUCCAAUGGAUGUCCCCACUGAUGAAGGUCGGGUAUCUGCGACCACUCGAGCUGCAAGAUAUCUGGACAGUGAAUCCAGAUCGGACCGUUGAAGUAUUGUCCGGCCGACUGGAUGCUGCGUUGCAAAAACGCACCGAGAGCGGGUCCAGCCGCCCACUCGUUUGGGCCUUGUACGACACUUUUAGGUUUGAGUUCAUUCUCGGUGGAAUUUGUCAGCUGUUCAGCUCGCUUUUGAUGGUCUUCGCGCCGUAUCUGACGCGAUAUCUGAUUGCCUUUGCUACCGAAGCUUAUGCGGCCGAAAAGGCGGGUCACGCCGCGCCUCAUAUCGGCCAUGGCAUGGGUUUCGUCGUUGGAAUUACGUGCAUGCAGGCGAUCCAGAGUUUAUGCACGAAUCAAUUCCUGUAUCGCGGACAGAUGGUCGGUGGCCAGAUUCGUGCGGUGCUAAUUUCGCAGAUCUUCAACAAGGCUAUGAAGUUGUCUGGCCGUGCAAAGGCUGGUGGCCAGGCGACAUCGCAAGAGACUAAGGCGCUGGAGGCUACAAAAGAAGCUUUGAUGAAAGCCGAGGGAAAAGACCCGAAGCCUGAUCCAAAGAAACCAAAUGCUGAUUCUGCACUUCCUAUUGUUGAUGGAGUUGCUGGAGACGGUCUAGGAUGGAACAAUGGCCGCAUCACUGCUCUGAUGAGUAUUGAUGUGGACCGUGUUAAUCUGGCCAUGGGAAUGUUCCAUAUGAUCUGGACCGCUCCCCUCUCCAUUAUUGUGACAUUGGUUCUCCUCCUGGUCAACUUGGGCUACAGUUGCUUGUCUGGAUACGCACUGCUUGUCAUCGGAGUUCCCUUCCUGACUCUCGCGGUACGAUCCUUGAUCGUGAGACGACGCAACAUCAACAAAAUCACCGACCAGCGAGUCUCGCUGACCCAAGAGAUUCUUCAGGCCGUGCGAUUUGUGAAGUAUUUCGGCUGGGAGAGCAGUUUCCUAGCCCGUUUGAAAGAAAUUCGCGGCCGAGAGAUCCGUUCCAUCCAGACGCUGUUGGCGAUUCGAAAUGGCAUUCUCUGCGUGUCUUUGUCCAUUCCCACUUUCGCCUCGAUGCUAGCGUUCAUCACUUACUCGCUCACAAAUCACAACCUGGACCCCGCCCCUGUUUUCUCUUCCCUCGCUCUUUUCAAUUCGCUACGAAUGCCGUUGAACAUCCUUCCACUCGUCAUUGGUCAAGUCACUGAUGCCUGGACCGCUUUCAAACGAAUUCAAGACUUCCUUCUUGCGGAGGAGCAAAAUGAAGACAUUGAGCGAGACGAGAGCAUGAGCAACGCGAUCGAAAUUGAAAAUGCAUCAUUCACCUGGGAGCGUCUCCCUACGGAAGAGAAAGAGGCCACCAAAGCCGAGAAAAAGGCUGCUCACGACAAAAAAGAAAAAACCAACCCAGACGAGAAUGAAGCAGCCGAGACCCCCACCGAACCCUUCAAACUCCACGACAUGACUUUUGAAGUUGGCAGGAACGAACUGCUCGCUGUGAUUGGAACAGUCGGUUGUGGCAAGAGCUCCUUGCUUUCAGCCUUGGCAGGAGACAUGCGUGUGACGAAUGGCGCAGUCCGGCUUAGCACCACCCGUGCGUUCUGUCCGCAGUAUGCCUGGAUUCAGAAUACGUCUGUCAGAAAUAAUAUUUUGUUUGGAAAAGCAUACGACGAGUCAUGGUACGAACGGGUCAUUGAUGCGUGUGCUCUGACUCCCGAUCUCGAGAUCCUCCCUAAUGGCGAUCAGACCGAGAUCGGAGAACGUGGGAUAACGGUGUCCGGGGGCCAAAAGCAACGUUUGAACAUUGCACGAGCAAUCUACUUCAAUGCUGACUUGGUACUGAUGGAUGAUCCAUUGUCGGCUGUCGAUGCGCAUGUCGGUCGGCACAUCAUGGACAAGGCUAUCUGUGGCCUGCUCAAGGACCGUUGCCGUAUCCUGGCCACUCACCAGCUGCAUGUGCUGAAUCGGUGCGACAGAAUCAUUGUUAUGGACAAAGGACGUAUCGAUGCGAUCGACACGUUUGAAAACCUCAUGCGUGACAACGAAGUGUUCAAAAGAUUGAUGUCUACAUCUCGCCAGGAGGAUAUGGAAGAGGAAGAGACCGAGGCUGUUGAUGAAGUCACCGAAGAAAAGAUAGGCGAGGAGAAGACUCCUCAAAAGGCAGCUUUAGCAAAGCCUGCACCCGGCUUGAUGCAACAAGAAGAAAAGGCUACAUCCUCUGUCGGGUGGAGUGUAUGGAAAGCGUACAUCCGAGCAUCUGGGAGCUAUCUCAAUGCCAUUGCAGUGUUCAUCUUACUCGGUCUAGCCAAUGUCGCCAACAUCUGGACUAGUUUAUGGCUCUCAUACUGGACUUCUAACAAGUACCCGUCACUUUCGAUGGGCCAAUACAUUGGAGUCUAUGCGGGAUUGGGUGCCGGGUUUGUUGUCUUAAUGUUCACCUUUUCAACAUACGUGACGACUUGUGGCACAAACGCGAGCAAAACUAUGCUCCAUCGCGCGAUGAACCGCGUGCUCCGCGCUCCCAUGUCCUUCUUCGAUACCACACCCCUGGGACGAAUUACAAACCGUUUCUCAAGGGACAUCCAGGUGAUGGACAAUGAGCUUUCAGAUGCAAUGAGAAUUUACGCCCUGACCAUGACUAUGAUUGUAUCCAUCAUGAUUUUGAUUGUCGUUUUCUUCUACUAUUUCAUUAUCGCGCUCGUGCCUUUGUUUAUUCUAUUCCUUAUAGCUUCAAACUACUACCGAGCGUCUGCGCGUGAGAUGAAGCGCCACGAGGCACUGCUGCGAUCCACAGUCUACGCCAAGUUCGGUGAAGCCAUCACCGGUGUUGCAUGCAUCCGAGCAUAUGGUGUGGAGGGUGAAUUCCGGCGCAGCAUUCGCGAGUCAAUUGAUGUGAUGAAUGGUGCCUAUUUCCUAACAUUCUCUAAUCAGCGCUGGCUCAGUAUUCGUCUAGAUGCUGUUGCUGUCGCAUUGGUCUUCGUGACUGGAGUUUUGGUGGUUACAUCUCGUUUCAAUGUCUCCCCCAGUAUUUCUGGGUUGGUGUUAUCUUACAUUUUGGCUAUUGCUCAGAUGUUGCAGUUCACUGUGCGCCAGCUGGCCGAGGUUGAGAACAACAUGAAUGCCACGGAACGAGUCCAUUACUAUGGCACCGAGCUGGAAGAGGAAGCAACUUUACAUCAAAGGGAGGUCACCGAAAGCUGGCCUGAAAAGGGUCGAAUUGAGUUCAGUAACACGGAAAUGCGAUACCGGGCAGGUUUACCUCUUGUUCUCAAGGGUCUCUCCAUGGACGUCCAAGGAGGCGAGCGGGUCGGAAUCGUUGGUCGCACUGGCGCUGGAAAGUCGAGUAUCAUGUCCGCACUCUUCCGCCUUACUGAACUAUCCGGAGGAAGCAUCAAGAUCGAUGACAUUGACAUCUCUACUAUCGGUCUUCACGACCUUCGGUCCCGCCUAGCUAUCAUUCCUCAAGACCCAGCCCUGUUCAAGGGCACCAUUCGAUCAAACCUCGACCCGUUCAAUGAACACAAUGACUUGGAGCUGUGGUCUGCACUUCGCAAAGCGUAUCUAAUUGACCAAGACAUCGAAGCCACAGAUGAGCGACCGGACAGCGAGGCUGUGAGCGGGACCACAACCCCAGCUUUGGAUGACACCAAACCGCGCCCGUCGAACAAACUCACCCUCGAGUCACCCGUCGACGAAGAAGGCCUCAACUUCUCUCUAGGUCAGCGGCAACUGAUGGCACUCGCGCGCGCGCUGGUUCGCGACGCACGCAUCAUUGUCUGUGACGAAGCAACCUCCUCGGUUGACUUUGAAACAGACCAGAAAAUCCAACGGACAAUGGCACAGGGCUUCGACGGAAAGACAUUGCUCUGUAUUGCGCAUCGCCUGCGUACGAUCAUCGGCUACGAUCGCAUUUGCGUCAUGGACCAGGGUCAGAUCGCUGAGAUGGAUAGACCGGUCGUCCUAUGGGAUAAUCCUGAUGGCAUCUUCCGUGCCAUGUGUGACCGCAGUGGAAUCACACGUGAAGACAUCCUGGCCUCGGAGUGA